AUCGUCGGGAUGAAAGUGUACCCUUCUGAUGAAUUCCGUACAGAUGUUGUCGGAUAACUUGCUACAUAAUUUAGAGAGAUUUGGCAUUUUCUAUGAAUAGCUGGAUGACUUGCUAGCUUAGCUAGCUAACUCACGUUACUGUACUGCACUGCCUCAUUGGUUUGUCGAUGUGGUUCUAGUAUUAGCAAUCUAAGCGAAAAGCGUGAGCAAAAGGAAGCCCAAGACAGCUGUAUGUUACCUAUGUACGUUAGUACGUUUGUCAAUAAGAGUGGCACAUACUUAUUGUAGCGUGGUUCUAGUAACCAAGUACUAGCUAGCGAAAGAGCUGCCAAAUGACUAGCUAGUGACGAACAUCAGCUGCUACUGUGUUAGCAUACACAAGCGUUAACGUUAGCCAGCUAGCAACUGUAGCUACUGUAUUGAAGCAUACAUUAAAAUGUCAUUACAAUACUUUAUUGUAAUUUAAAAUGCACGUUCAGUUAUUUUGAGCAACACUAACUUAACUCCAGCUUUGUCUUUGGAAUGACAGUGGGAUUUUGCUACUACCAUUUUUGUACAAGUCAAAGGGCUGGGGUUAUGACUGAGGUUAAUGAUCUUUGAGGUAUCUUGGGUAUGCCUAUUCAUGUCCAGUUUAUUAUCCGUGACCAGUCGAGAAUCUAGUGACCAGCAGCCGACCUGUGACUCCGAGGAAGAUGCCAUGGAUGUGGGGAUGCACACCUUCAACCACACCCAUAUGAGAAAGGCAUUUCAGCUGAUGAAUGACAUGAGGAGUAAGAAUAUGCUGUGCGAUGUUCUGUUGGUGGCGGGAAACGUAGAGGUGACAGCUCACAAAUUGGUGCUAGCCUCCUGCAGCCCCUACUUCUGUGCCAUGUUCACAGGUAUUAGCCUUCCUACAGUUCAUGGGGACAUGAGUGAGAGCAAAGCCCAGCAGGUGGAGAUCAGGGAUGUGGAUGGCCAGACACUAAAAAAACUGGUGGACUAUAUCUAUACAGCUAUGAUUGAAGUAACUGAGGACAACGUUCAGGUGCUCCUGCCUGCAGCCAGCCUCCUGCAGCUGAUGGACGUGAGGCAGGUGUGCUGCGAGUUCCUGCAGAGCCAGCUGCACCCCACCAACUGUCUGGGCAUUCGAGCCUUUGCCGACCUCCACACCUGCACACAGCUCCUCAACCAGUCCCAUGCCUAUGCUGAGCAGCAUUUUUCCGAGGUGAUGCUGGGAGAGGAGUUCAUGGGCCUGUCUCUGCAGCAGGUGUGCAGUCUCAUAUCCAGCGACAAACUCACCGUGUCCACAGAGGAGAAGGUAUUUGAGGCCAUUGUUGCUUGGAUAAAGCACGACAAGGACGCUCGUCUGGAGCACAUGCCAAAGCUAAUGGAGCACGUUCGUCUGCCACUACUGUCCAGAGAUGACCUAGUACAGAUAGUGGAGAAGGAGGCCUUGAUUAAGAACAACAACUCCUGUAAGGACUUCCUGAUCGAGGCCAUGAAGUACCACCUCCUACCCGCUGACCAGCGCCACCUCAUCAAGACCGACCGGACACGCCCACGCACGCCUAUCAGCCUGCCCAAGGUGAUGAUAGUGGUGGGUGGGCAGGCUCCUAAGGCCAUCCGUAGUGUGGAGUGCUAUGACUUCCUGGAGGACCGCUGGUACCAGGUGGCUGACCUGCCGUCCAGACGCUGUCGGGCAGGUGUGGUGUUCAUGGCAGGGAGGGUGUAUGCUGUGGGAGGCUUCAAUGGCUCGUUGCGAGUCAGAACGGUGGACAUGUACGACGGGAUGAGAGACCAGUGGACCACAGUACCCAGCAUGCAAGAGCGACGCAGCACUCUGGGGGCAGCCGUGCUGGGGGACCUGCUCUACGCUGUGGGGGGCUUCGACGGGAGCACAGGCCUGUCGUCAGUGGAGGCUUACAGCUAUAAGACCAAUGAGUGGAUUUUUGUUGCUCCCAUGAACACGAGACGCAGUAGUGUCGGAGUGGGAGUGGUGGACGGGAAGCUGUAUGCGGUGGGUGGCUACGACGGGGCUUCACGCCAGUGUCUCAGCACGGUGGAGGAGUACAACCCAGUCAGUAACCAGUGGGGCUACAUGGCUGACAUGAGCACCAGACGCAGCGGAGCAGGUGUUGGGGUGCUAAGCGGGCAGCUGUAUGCAGCAGGGGGUCAUGAUGGGCCCCUGGUGAGGAAGAGUGUGGAGGUGUACGACCCACCUAGUAACAACUGGAGACAGGUGUGUGACAUGAACAUGUGUCGGAGGAACGCUGGUGUAUGUGCGAUAAACGGACUGCUGUAUGUGAUCGGAGGAGAUGACGGCUCCUGUAACCUCUCCUCAGUGGAGUAUUACAACCCUGCCACAGACAAGUGGAGCCUCCUCCCUACCAACAUGAGCAAUGGCCGAAGCUAUGCAGGUGUAUCCGUUAUAGACAAGCCUUUAUGACUAUCAGCCCCCGACGGCAGCAGGACCCCACAGCCACAGGCAGCAAUCAAAGGGAGCCACACAGACGUCUGAUUUCACAGUCAACUCCAUGGAAUAACACUAGCCUGACAGGUGGCUUGGGAGGGAGGGAGAGAGGGAGACCCCAGCCCAGACAGAGCUCUGCAGAGCAGCGCUGCAGUCUCAGCCCUGUAACUCUAACCGCAUUCCUUCCAGGCAGAGCGGGCCUGAGAGAGACAUCGGCUUCCAUGGUCAAAAUGACCCCAAGACUCAACAAAGCUGCCUGGAGCAAAGUGUCUUAAGACUGGAGGGGGCUGUUUUCCUACAGCCUCACAGGGGGCCAUUUAGCUACAUUAGUAUUAGGAGGGCCUCACUCUCCUCAGACUCCUUACAACUGAACAGAGAGGGGGAAUAAACUGACCUUGUUUUAAGGGAUAGACUAACUGAACUAAGACCAAGAAGGUGGUUGUUGAUUGGCCUGUGAGACUGUGACCGUGCAGACACACAUUGUGCUAACAUGGGCCUCUCAAACCAACCAUGAGCUCUGGCAGUGUUGUAGUACUUGAGUCCGACUCGAGUCCUGAUUUUCAUGACUUGUGACUCGGACUUGGACUCGGAAUUGCCUUCUUGUGACUUGUAUUUGCACUAGGACUGGAUAGGCUACUAUGAUAAGGAGAAUAUUAGCAACACUGGGUGCGCAGAGCAGCAAGGGUUCUGUUCCCUAGCAGUGGGAAGGACGUGCCACACACAGCCUACAUCAGCUGGUGAGCUGCGGAGGAGCAAGACCGGAAGGCAGGCUCCGCCUCCGAUCAUUGCCCGCUACACAUCGCGCAAGCAACACUCUUGCUUCCCCGUAACCACCAGUCACCAGCUUACUAUUUAGCUUUGCCUGGUUAAGAAACACAAACUGCUUUAUGAAAUAUAAAACAAUACUAGUGUUGAGUUUAAUAGUAAACAACAGUCUAGCUAUUUGUCUCUCUCUCUCCCCUUGAGGAUAGAAAAGUAAGCUGUCUUUGAAUUUGUCGUCUCGCUCUAGCCGCCCACUCCCCCCCGCAUCCCAUAGCCAGGGAUGUAUUCAUUACGGAAACCGUUUACCGUUUAAGAACCAUGGGUGUAUUCAUUACGGAAACCAUUUAAGAACCAAACGGAGCAAACGAAACGGGGAAGGAACUACCUGAAUUUGUCCAAUAGAAACUCUCGUUAGCAUUUUCCGUUUGGAAUAAACGGUUUGGAAAAGUGAGUGGCGCAGUGGUCUAAGGCACUGCAUCGCAGUGCUAACUGUGCCACUAGAGAUCCUGGUUCGAAU